GGUGCUGAUCUUGAAUCUAAGGACUGUGAAUAUGGUCGGACGCCUCUAUCGUGGGCCGUGGAAGGUGGGCAUGAGGUGGUAGUGAAGCUGCUACUUGGAAAGGGUGCUGAUCUUGAAUCUAAGGAUCAAAAGUACGGCCAGACGCCGCUAUCCUGGGCCGCAGCGAGUCAGCAUGAGGCGGUAGUGAAACUGCUGCUUGCAAAGGGUGCUAAGCGCCAAUCUUAUUUGGACGUAUCCGAUAUGCAAUUUAUGGCCGGUAGAAAUAACGAUAUGACCAUGCGCAGCAUGCAAAUCAAUAUGAGGAAGCAUAUGCGCUUGGCACUCCGCUCCGUAGGCACAAGACGACUACCUGAAAGGAAGUGAAAAUGAAUGAGAGGAACCCACCCUGGAUGCGGCACGGUCACCGUGAAAGCUUGGUCUACUCACUAUUUCUUUUGCUUUGCGGAGGAACGUGGUCUUAUUAUUUUUAUCAAAUUAACUAUACGGCAUCUUUACUGCUACGCGUAUCUCUAUAUGACCUAGAGCAGCUAUGUCCAAUAGGAGAGUCGAGUACGAAAAGGCUUAUUAGAUCGUACAAAUUCAACUAAAUUGAACCAGAGCUUGUAAGUCUCUUAGGAUUAGCUAGUUUGAUGGGUAGCACCAGCUGUUACUUUAACGAACAGACUAAUGUUUCAAUUGAAAUACUUAGCCACUAUUCGUAGAUAUUUA